AUGUAUAUCCCACAGUUCAACCACGUUCCCCAUCUGGUGAUGAUGGGCCAAGGCGGUAGAGCUACCGGAAAAGAUCGUCUGGAAGACGAUCAUUUUGAGUUGGAAUCAGAAGAAGAUCUGAGGAUGUUGGAGAGGAGUAGAGGGAUCCACUCACCGCACAGCUGUUGGUUUAGAGAAGUGGCAGAGUCCCCUCAUAGAUAUGGAUAUGUGAACACAUUCGCACACCUGCAGGACCCAAUGCUUAGAGUAAUCAUCAGCCAUUACGACUUCAUAUUACGCACGGAUCCAGACACUUUUCUAGCUCCAUCUUUCUUUGACUGUAACAGUGCCAUCAGGUCAAAAGCAAUUGUGGGAAGGAAAGAUGUGUUGCUGGUGGGGGAGGGGGCAUACAGCCACGAAGUGAACUUUCUCAAGAUGAACCGAAUUGCGGCUGAGUUAGGACUGAAGAGACUGCAGAUGCGUAACUUGGGAUCCACGUGGCUGGUCAGCUCCACCCUCUUCAUUCCAAUCUCCAGACUGGCUCUCUUUCUCACUCUUUUUGUGUUCCACGAGGGAUUCAAACACCCCUCCAAUUCAUCCUCUGGGGCUGCUGGGGGGCGCGAUAAGAUCCUAAGUGCCUCUGGUCGGUCGCUGGAGGGACUGGCUGAAGAAGAGGAGGAGGGCGAGAAUAGGAGCCGGUGGCCAGAAUGGUUUCGAGGAGUGUCCUCCAUGUAUGGCUCAGACAUGGCCAUACAACACUUCGCAGCCACGCUGGAUCUGAAGGAGACCGAUAUGAGAGAGUAUGGACUGCUGGACUUCAGCUCCUACUCGAGGGAACCCCUCAGGAAAGUGGGUCACGUGCACGCCAGGGGUAACUUGAAUCGCAUGUUCGGCAAAUACCCAUUCACUCGAGCUGUCUCGUCUUUCUGCGGAAAUGGAACUCUUUCCUCCCAGUAUGAGGCAAGAGCAGUUAUGCUUCUAUUCUUUCUUGGACUACUACAGUACUUCAAUCGGCGUCGGAUGAAAUGAGAGUUUUUAUGGCUUGG